GAGCCCAGGUUGCAGCUCACUUUGGCAAAACGUCUGAUUGAGGCCGCUACGGUUCUGGCGGACGAAGGUGGCAAGGCUGAUCCCAAGACCACCCGAGCAAACAAGGAGAAGUACAUCACUGAAGCGUACCAAAUCAUCAAGAAACUGGCAGUAUCCUCCAGGCCGUACCCUCCCGCCAUGUUCUUCUUGGCAAAUGCCUUUGGUAACGGUGCUUUGGGACUUGCCAUCGAUCAUGAGCGCGCCUUCAAUCUGUACCAUUCUGCUUCCAAACUGCAGCAUCCCGAAUCUUGCUACCGUACAGCUGUGUGCUGCGAGGUAGGUGCCGGAACCAAGAAGGACGCGGCAAAAGCAAUGCAGUUUUACAAAAAGGCUGCUCUGUUGAGCGAUACAGCGGCAAUGUACAAGCUCGGAAUGAUUAUGCUCAAGGGUCUUCUCGGUCAAACGCGUUCUCCGCGUGAGGCUAUUGGUUGGUUGAAGCGUGCUGCUGAUCAAGCGGACGUUGAAAACCCGCACGCGCUUCACGAGCUUGGUUUGCUUUACGAAUCGACUGAUCCUGACCCGACGGGAGCUAUCAUCCGCGACGAGGCAUACGCUAGGGAUUUGUUCACGAAGGCCGCGCAAUUAGGAUACCCUCCUAGUCAAUUCAGGCUUGGAUGUGCCUACGAGUACGGUUCAUUGAAGUGUCCGGUUGACCCUAGACGAAGUAUCGCAUGGUAUGCCAGGGCUGCUGAGAAGGCAGAGCCGGAGAGUGAAUUGGCUUUGUCAGGUUGGUAUCUCACUGGUGCCGAGGGCAUUCUUGGACAAAGUGACACGGAAGCCUACUUGUGGGCCAGAAAGGCUGCCGAAAAGGGGUCUGCCAAGGCGGAAUUUGCCGUCGGGUAUUACACGGAGACAGGAAUUGGUGUGCCCCAGGACAUUGAGGAAGCCAAGAAAUGGUACCGUCGGGCAGCU